GUGCGAAUGUUUGGUGAAAACAUUCACAGAUAUUCCACAAUCGCUGCGGAGCUGCGACGAUGCUGGUGGAGACAGAGACGAUCCGCUUGGCGGAUGUGGGCGUGCAUGUCAUGGUGGUAGUGGCGUCACAGGUCAUCUACUUGUGGGCCAACACACAGCCUUUGCUGGGCGCCCUGACCAUGGCCAUGCCAUCGCGGCUGGACGCCACGCCGCUGGGGAUGGUGCUGAAGCGUGGCCUGGACGAUGACCUGGCAGAGUCCUUUGCGAAACGCCUUGCGAGGAAGUUUGGCGUUCAGGUAUUCGUGAGCUGUGAGUUGCCACGGGAGCUUGCGGAUCUGCGUGAGGGAGUGGAGAAGCGGCUCACAGAUACGGUCAAGGGCAUCGUGGAACGACCCGACGUACAAGCCGCCCUGUUCCCUGCAGCCGAACCCGAAGCCGCCCAGGCCAGCUGACCGACAUGUGUGUGUGUGUGUGUGUGUGUGUGUGUGUGUGUGUGUGUGUGUGUGCGCGUCUGGACUGCAAUCCACUUGAACGCUCUUGUCCUCUGUUUUGGUUGAGCCAUGUGCAGGCAUUUCUUUUUUGUCUCUUUUUAAUCGAAAGACAGUGAACAAAUGAAGACAUUCCACACCACCUCGAGUCGACAGUGAAGCAGUAGCAAG